AUGCAAGUGCAUUUCAAUGCUACAGGGUGUCUGGCAAGACCAUUGCAAUGCUCCAGGGUGUCCAGCAAGAGCAUUGCAACGCUCCAAGGUGUCCGUCAAGUGCAUUGCAACGCUCUGGGGUGUCUGGCAAGAGCAUUGCAACGCUCUGGGGUGUCCGGCAAGAGCCUUGCAACACUCCACGGUGUCCGGCAAGAUCACUUCAACGCUCCGUGGGUGGCCGGCAAGAGCAUUGUAACAAUCCGGGGUGUUCGUCAAGAGCACUACAACCCUCCAGGGUGUCUAGAAAGAGCAUUGAAGGUGGACGUGGACGUGGAGGACGUGGAUGUGAAGGACGUGGAUGUGGACGUGGAGGACGUGGACGUGGACGUUGAUGUGGACGUGGACGUGGUCGUGGACGUGGACGUGAACGUGGGCGUGGAUGUGGACGUGGUCGUGGACGUGGACAUCAACGUGGUCGUGGACGUGGACGUGGACGUGGUCGUGGACGUGGACGUGGACGUGGUCGUGGUCGUGGACGUGGACGUGGACGUGGACGUGGUCGUGGACGUGGACGUGGACGUGGUCGUGGACGUGGACGUGGACGUGGAGGACGUAGAUGACGACGUGGAGGACGUGGACGUGGAUGUGGACGUGGACGUGGACGUGAAGGUGGACGUGGAUGUGGACGAGGACGUGGACGAAGAGGUGGACGACGUGGACGUGGAUGUGGACCUGGACCUGGACGUGGACGUGGACGUGGACGUGGACGUGGACCUGGACUUUGACGUGGACGUGGACGUGGUCAUGGACGUGGACGUGGUCGUGGACGUGGACGUGGACGUGGUCGUGGUCGUGGACGUGGACGUGGACGUGGACGUGGUCGUGGACGUGGACGUGGACGUGGUCGUGGACGUGGACGUGGACGUGGAGGACGUAGAUGACGACGUGGAGGACGUGGACGUGGAUGUGGACGUGGACGUGGACGUGAAGGUGGACGUGGAUGUGGACGAGGACGUGGACGAAGAGGUGGACGACGUGGACGUGGAUGUGGACCUGGACCUGGACGUGGACGUGGACGUGGACGUGGACGUGGACCUGGACUUUGACGUGGACGUGGACGUGGUCAUGGACGUGGACGUGGUCGUGGACGUGGACGUGGUCGUGGACGUGGACGUGGUCGUGGACGUGGACGUGGACGUAGACGUGGUCGUGGACGUGGACGUGGUCGUGGAUGUGGACGUGCACCUAGACCUGGACGUGGACGUGGACUUGGACGUGGACGUGGAUGUGGACGUGGUCGUGGACGUGGACGUGGACAUGGACGUGGUCGUGGACGUGGACCUGGACCUGGACGUGAACGUGCAUGUGGACGUGGACGUGGACGUGGACAUGGACGUGGAGGUGGACGUGGAUGAGGACGAGGACGUGGACGAAGACGUGGAGGACGUGGACGUGGACGUGGACAUGGACGUAGACGUGGACGUGGACCUGGACGUGGACGUGGACGUGGACGUGGUCGUGGACGUGGACAUGGUCGUGGACGUGGACGUGGACGUGGUCGUGGACGUGGAAGUGGUUGUGGUCGUGGACGUGGACCUAGACCUGGAUGUGGACGUGGACGUGGACGUGGACGUGGACGUGGUCAUGGAGGUGGACAUGGACGUGGACGUGGACUUGGACGUGGACGUGGACGUGGACGUGGACGUGGUCGUGGACGUGGACGUGGUCGUGGACGUGGACGUGGUCGUGGACGUGGACGUGGACGUGGACGUGGACGUGGAGGACGUGGACGUGGAACUGUAA